AUGGAGUGCCUUAUGGGAACUUGGAAAUUAACAGACAGCGUCGGCUUUGAUGAGUACAUGAAAGAAUUGUGCGUGCCCUUUCCCACGAGGAAGGCGGCAGCGAUGGUGAAACCCAAUGUGAUCAUUUGUAAAAAUGGGGAGAAGUAUUGCCUCAAAACGGAGAGUACCUUCAAGUCUACGGAGAUCGAUUUCAAACUCGGUGAGGAAUUUGAGGAGACCACAGCAGACAGCAGGAAAACUAAGACAAUCAUCACGUGCGAGAAUGGCGUUCUGGUUCAACAUCAGAAGUGGGAUGGCAAGGAAACCACCAUCAGAAGGGAGCUGAAGGAUGGGAAACUUAUUGUGACCUGCAUCAUGGGUGAUGUGAAGUGCGUUCGGACCUAUGAGAAAGUAUGA